GUUGUUGACCCAGCAAACCCUAACCUGCUGCAGAAUCUACUCGCCCUGUUGCUCCGAAAUUCCUUGAUUCAUGCUGGCCCUUGCAGUCUCUCUCACCGCCAUGAAUCGCGCGAUCCGCGUGCCAAUGCUCACCCGAUGCCGACAAUGCAGCUAGACUUGUUUAUUUAUGGAGGAAAUCUCUGCUCAUGUUGGAAUGCGCAGCCAUGAGCGGAGCGCACAGUAGCACCACCCCAGCAUCGCAAGGCACGUCUGCCCGUUCUCCUCGUCCAUGGGGCGUUCAGAUGCAUAUGCUACCGACGCCUCCGCUCCCGCGUCGGGUGUCGCUAGCGUCGCAGGCUCUGCUGCCUUCCGUCCCCCUAAACGUAGCCUAUCCAAUCGAGGCCCCAAGGAAGCGACGUCCCUCCCAAAGAUCCCCUUGCACUCCAAGAAACCUCCUAGCCAAGCGCUCUCCGCGUUGUCGUUGUGCCGGCCUACUCGCAGCGCCAGCAACACCCCGAUCAGCAGCCCGGGGCCUUCCAGCCCCACGAGCUUGGCCCUGCCCGCGCGCAGCAGCACCGCGGGCUCGCACGCGCAAAUGCCGCUGCAGAGCGGGACGCGGCAAACGCGCGGAAACAGCAACUUGCGGCAGGGCAGUGCGGAUCGUUCCGCGGGAAAUAGCCGGCUGUGGCGGGAAGUGUCGGAUCGUUCCGCGGAGCGUAGAAAUGAGCAUGUGCGGGACAGCGGUGGGGGGGCGCCUAGGCGGAGGGAUUCGGCGUGGGGAGAUGCGCGAGGGGGGGUAGAUGAGGAUGUGAAGGUGAACGAACGGCGGUGGCAGCCGAAGGGGGGUGGUGCUGCUACCGACGAGGAGGAAGAAUGGAAAGAGGAGGAUGAGGAGGGUGAAGAGGAGCAGGAGGAGGAGGAGGAGGAGGAAGAAGAAGAAGAAGAGGAGGAGGAAGAGGAGGAGGAAGAGGAGGAAGAGGAGGAAAGGGGGAUUGGGGCGGAUGCAGGGGAGGUGGAAGAGGAGGAGGAGGAGGAAGGGGGGGAUGAAGCGGAGCGAGAAGGCGACGACGAGGAAGGCGAGGAGGACGAUCGGAGCAGGGGAAGUGCGCAGAGUGCAAGCGACGAGGAGUCGGACGAGGACGACGAGGAGGACGAGGAGGAGCGAGACGGGGAUGCGGCGUGGUCGCAGAGCCAGCAGCACCGGCGGAACGUGUCUCAGCCCAACAUCCGCGCGUCCCGCGCGUCCUGGGCGCAAUCGCAGCGCGCCCGGGCGUCGGCGCGUUAUCCCAGUCACGCGUCUGUUGUUGAAGAGGACAAAACUACGCUUGCCCAACCCGCCGCCGCCUCGUCCGCCCGCUCGCCGGGCCCUUCCCCCGCGCGCUCGCCCGCGGGGUCCGCCGCCGCGGCUGCGCGCGCGGGGAGUCCGCGCAUGGGAAGCAGCGCGGGGUCGCCGUCGUCCGCGCGGUGGAGCACGCGCAGGAAGCCGUGGACCCCCACCGCGAUGGGGGGAGGCACGGGGGGGUUCGAUAGUAGCUGCUGCAGCAGUAGCAGCGAGGAGGGGCUGGGACUGCGGGAUGGUCGGGUAGAGGAGGAGGGCUGUUUCGUGGGUGAUGAGGGGGGAGAGGAGAAGGAGAGGAGGGAGGAUGAGGAGGGGCACGAGGAGGAGGGGCACGAUGAGCGGAAGCGAGAGGACGGCGCGCGAGGGUCUCAUUCGUUCCGCCGGCUUCGCAUCGUGCCUCCGCGUCUCGAGACCCAAUCGAACAGGCGCAGGGCGCACGUGGGGGAGCCUGUCUCCCCCCCCUCCGCGCGCUCCUCCGCCUCUGUCCUUGCCUCCGCGCGCCCAUCCCCCCGUCCGCUGCUCACCGCGGGUCCCUCUUGCAUCGAUCUAGUAGAACUCCCCACCCAAAAGGCGCCAAGCCCCUCGGAUUCCGACGCCUCCGCCUCCCGUCGCGCUGAUUUCCCCCCCGCCGUUGGCGGAAAGCCCACAGGGAGAAGCCCCCAUCCGGCCGCGCGCUCGCCUUCAAUAUCCGCCUCGUCGCCCGCAGGCGGGCGCGGUAAAGGGGGCGCGGGGAGUAAAGGGCGCAGGGAAGGCGCGGAAAGCGGGAGGAGGGGGGACGAACGGGGGGGAAAGGAGGGAGCGGGCGCAAGCCGAGGGUGGUCGAGAGACGAAGCGGAAGCAGACUCGCCUGUAGACUUCGCGCGGGGUAUGGCUGGAGGCGCAGGGCUGGGGGUCAAGGAGCGAGCGGGCGGACAGCGCACGAGCGUAGAAGGGUCAUUUGACUAUGUGAGCGGAAGUGGGAGCAUAAGUCGGAGUGGCAGUGGUGUGAACGGGCUUGUUCUAGGGAUGGUGGGUGCGAGCCCUAGGGGCAGAAGCGGCAGUGGUGCGGCAGUGCCUAGUAAUCCGCCUCGAAUCACUCGCACUGGCAGCGGUGCGAGCAGCGCUGUUGGCGCAGAGAGGGGGGAUAGGGGAGAGCGGAGAGAGAGAGGGGAGAGGGGAGAGCGGAGAGAGUGGGGGGAGAGAGGAGAGAGGGGAGAUUGGGGAGACAGGGGAGAGAGGGAAGAGAGAGUAGAAAGAGGAGAGAGAGCACAGAGAGUCGAGAAAGGAGAAAGAGAGAGAAGAGAGAUGGGUGAGGGGGGUGAGAGAGGAGAGCGGGGAGAAAGAGGAGAGAGAGUUUUGAGAGGAGAGAGGGGGGGAAGAGACGAGAGAAGAGAGAGAGAAGACAGAGGAGAGAAAGGAGAGAGAGGGAGGAGAGAGAGGGGGGAGGGGGGCGAGAGGGGAGAAAGGGGAGAGGAGGGUGAGAGGAGAGAGAGAGGAGAGAGAGGAGAGAGACGAGAGAGGGGAGAGAGGGGAGAGAGAGGAGAGAGGGGAGAGAGAGGAGAGAGAGGAGAGAGGGGAGAGAGAGGAGAGAGAGGAGAGAGGGGAGAGAGGGAGCGCAGUACCUCUUCUGUGCCGUCGCUUGCCUUUGCAAGCCCUCGCUCAAGAGCCCCUCUGUUUGAAGCACAUCUCGCAAAGUCACAGGAAGCGGCAGCGGUUGUGGAGGCCAGGCAAAUGCAAGCAGCAGCAGGGGGGCCAGGGGCGGGGGCGUCUGCUGCAGUGGGCGCGUUAGGUAGGAGGAGAAGCGGCGGUGCGUGGAUGGAUUCCAGGCCGACACAAACAGCAGGUCCGAGAGGGGAGUGGGAAGCGGAAGGGGAGAGAGAUGGGAAGAGUGGAAGAGGGGGAGUGGCGGGGACCAGAAGGGACGUGCAAGGCGUGCGCGCGGACAGUGACCUGGACGUUACUCUGGAGUGGACUUUUGGGCACGAGUCGGGUCAGGCCGAGGAUGAUUCGGGGAGAGUUGAGAGUAGAGAGGAGGAUGAGGACGCGGAGGAGGAAGAAGAAGAGGAGGACGAGGAAGAAGAGGAAGAGGAGGAAGAAGAGGAAGAAGAGGAGGAGGAAGAGGAGGAAGAGGAGGAAGAGGAGGAAGAGGAGGAAGAGGAGGAAGAGGAGGAGGGGGAGCGAGGUAGGAACGGGUUGUUGGAUGUGAGGCGGCACGGUGAUCGUGUGGUGGUGAACGCCGUACACCACGACCCGCCUAAAAUGCACCGUGCAGCAUCCAAGACUUACGACCCCUCCCCCCAUGCCGUGAAGCGCCAUGCGAGAGGCGCCACACCAUCCCCAUCCGCACCAGCAUCAGCAUCAGCAUCAGCAGCAAUGUCAAAGUCAGCAUCAGCAUCCGCACAUCGAGCCUCUAGUGGGGCGUUUCCUGCGUCUGGGGGAGUGUCAGGGCAGGCAUCAGUUGGGGUGGUGCCGUCGGCAGCAGGAGGGAACGAGCUGGCUCCAGCAGCGGCGACAGCAGGGGGGGUGGGGCUGGGAGGGGGGAUGGGCAUGAGCGGCAUUCGGCCGACUGCUUUGAGCCUGCGUCUGCCUGUGAGGGUGGCAGCUGAGGUGGCGCGGAGUGACAACGGCAGUGACUGCAGGGAGAGCGAGGGGGAGAGCGAGGGGGGCGGCAGCGACGCCUGCAGCAACAGGCUUGCUGACGUCAUGAGCAACAGGUUUAGUGAGGAGUUGAGUGGGCGGUUCAGUGGUAGGGAGGGGGAGUUUGAGAGGGAGAGUGGGGCUGAGAGCAGUGGCAGUUACCGGGAGGAGCCAUGGAAGGGUGUGGAUCCGUGGAGCGAUGAGGAGGGGAGGGGUGAUGGGGAUGGGUGGAGGGAAGGCGGGAGUUGGAAAGGGGAAGAGGAGGGGAGGAGGAAGAAGACGUUGGAUAAACAGAGGUAUCUGGAUGCUGAUAGGGAGGAGGAGGACGAGGGGGAGAAGGUGGGGAUAGGUGCAGAGGAGUAUGAGAGCACGGGGAGGUGGCGAGGGGAGGAGAGGGGCGGGCGGGAGCAGCAGAAGCAGAAAGGGGAUGGGACGCAAAGGGAGGAGAGGUGGGACGACAAAGGCCACGUGUCGGGGCCAGAGGGAGGGAGGGACGAGGAGGGGUGGGGGGGUGAUGACGAGCGCAAAGUGCACGGGAAGUAUCGGGAUCGAGGGCGGCACAGGGAUGAAGAGCAAUGGCUAAUGGGCAGGGAGCAGAGACACCAGAAUCGAUCGGAUGAUGAGAGGCAGAGGGGCGGGGAGAGGCAGAGGAGGGAGGAGAGGUGGGUGAAGGAGGAGAGGCGAGGCGAGGCUAGAAGUACUGAGGCACUGAUUCCCCUGGCUGCAUGCGCGCCCCUCCCCCCUACUGUUGGCCAGGCAGGGAGGUCAGUGUCGCAGACGAGCAGGGGGGCGAGGGAGGCAGAAGGGGGGAGGGCUACCAGCAGGGGGGCUAUGAACGGAGUGUUGCUGCAGUCAGGAGCCAAGGGGCGGGAGGAGCCACGAACUGAUGCCUCCCCUGCUGCUGCUUCCUCAGCGUCAGGAGCAGGAGGAGCAGGAGGAGCAGGAGCAGGAGCAGGAGGGUCGAGCCUGAGGUCCCCUGGCCGGUGGUUUGGGAGUCAGGAGGCGAAGCCUCGGGCCAGCAGCAUGCGGUCAGCAGGCACAGAGCGGGUGAUGGAGGAGCCCAGGAAGGGCGGCAAGAGCCUGGACCUGCGCCGCCUCAGACUCUCCCUCUUUGAAGAGGAGGGAGGCAAGGUGGAGAAAAGCGGCAGUGGGGCGGGUAGAGGCGGGGGAAAGGGCGCGGGGAGCGAGGAGGAGGUGGAGGAUGGGAGGGAUGGGAGAGGGAAGAGAGGAGGGGAUGGAGGGCGCGGGAGCGGGGAUGAGGAGGGUAGGGGGGAUGAGGAGCAUGUUGUGAGGAGACAGGGGCGAGGGGGACGAGGGAAGGGGGGCGGUGGAGGGGCGGAAGGGGGAGGAGGGGGAGGAGGAGGAGGUGGAGGAGGGGGAGGGGGGAGGCGCGGGUUGUUGGAUGUGUUGAAAGGGCAGCUCAAGUCCCCCCGGCGGCCGUCCCACCAGGCAGAGGAGAAAGGCCCAGGCUCUGGUCCUGCUGCCACUGCCAAUGCCACUGCUGCUGCUGCUUCCAGUGCUGCUGCUGCUGCUGCUAGUGGUGGUGGUGGCAGCGGCAGCCACAGUGGUGGGUGGUGGGACUCGUCUCGCCGGCAACCAUCAUCCACCCCUCGUUCGUCCACCACCACCCCUCGCUCCACCACCACUCCUCACUCCUCGGGCCCCUCUCAGACCACCACGCCACGCGCCCCCUCCGCCACCACCCCCACCUCUUCCUCCUCCGCCUCCCCCACCGCUGAUCCUGCUCCCGUGGGGGGAGCGGGUGGGGGACAUGGGGGCGGAGGGGGAGCGGGAGGGGGAGGAGGGGGAGGGGGAGGGUCUACAGGAGUAGGAGCGGGGAGAGAUGCAGGAGGGGCGUGUUGGAGUCCGCGAGACUCUUCGUCCGCCGUUCCAUCCUCCACGUCUGCGUCUACCACGGCCUCCUCUGCCUCUGUGCCCCCCCUCGUCCUGCCCACGCCUGACAAGUCCCGCGGGUGGACCAGAGCCGCCUGGGUGCGCGCUUCCAAGAGCGUGGCAGGCGGUGGGCUGUCCCCCACUGGUCCCUCUGCAGGUGCAGGCUCGGCUGGGGGAGGGUUAUCUGGGGGAGGUGCGGGCUCAAGUGUGAUUUCUGGUGGUGCUGGUGGUGCAGGGGCGGGUGGUGCAGGGGGGAUGGGAGACGGUGGGAAUGUCAGCAGAAGCGGUGCUUUCUCGUCUAAGAGCAUGCGGGUGGAUGGGGCCAGGGAGAGGGAGAGGGAGAGGGAGAGGGGUAAGGAGCAGGAGAGGGGCAGGGAGGAGGAGGGAGAGUCGGUGAGGGAGGAGAGGGAGAAGAGCAAGGAGAAAGAGGAGGCGAGAAGCAGGUCCCCCCUGCGCUCCCCCCGCGCCCCCCGCAGCCCCUCAGUGCGCACAGCCAUCAGUUUUUUCAGCGGGCGCUUUGAUAAGUGGGGGGGAGGGGCAGGGGGUGGAGGAAGUGGGGGGGGAGGCAGCAAAGGUGGGGAGGGGAGUGAGGUGAUCCGGAGGGGGCACACGGCCACAGGCAGCAUUAUUAGCGCCAUGGGGCUUCUGGCGGGUGCAGGAGGCGGGCAUGCGGAUGGGGGGGAGAGGGGCGGGGAGAGAGGGGCGCGGGGGGGAGAGCGAGCAGGGGAGAGGGGCGGGGAGAGGGGAGGCGAGAAGGGGGGAGAGAGAGGGGGAGGGGGAGCAGGCGGUGGGGGGUCUUCGGAGGGGAAAGAGGGCGGGAACGAGAGCGUCAACAGCAGCAGCAACCAGCAGCAGCAGCAGCAGCAGCAGCAGCAGCAGCAGCAGCAGGGGGGCCCGCCAGCAGGAGCGAGCAGGCUAUGGGGUGUAGCAGCGGGGGCAGCAUCGUUCCACUCGCGCAUGGUGAGCUUCAGCGGGGUUCUCCUGAAGGACGAGGACCGGGGCAUGCUGGGGCGCGGAGUGGGCGACUUGCGGAAGAAAUACGAGGUGGGGGAGAAGGUGGGGGAGGGGCGCAGCGGUGUGGUGGUGCGCGCGUGCGUGGAGCGCAAGAGCAAGGCGCGGUUCGCGUGCAAGUCCAUCGCGAAGACGACGCUGGGCGAUGCGAAGAAGGUGGAGGCGCUGCGGGUGGAGGUGGCGGUGAUGGAGGCCGUGGGGUCGCAUGCUAAUAUUGUGGCGCUGCAUGAUACUGUGGAGGACGCUCAGGACGUGCACUUGAUAAUGGAGCUGUGCACGGGCGGUGACCUGCUCUCACACGUGAACACGGCGCCGCACAUCUCUGAGCGGCACGCGGCGGCCAUCUGCCGGCGCAUCGCGGACGCGGUGCGCUUCUGCCACCGCCGCGGCAUCUGCCAUCGCGACCUCAAGCCCGAAAACGUGCUGCUCGCCUCCAAGGGCGCCGCUGGGGCCGACCUGCGCGUGGCUGACUUUGGGAUCUCCACCUUCAUCGAACCAGGCCAGCGCAUUCGCGGGUACGCGGGCAGCCCCUUCUACAUUGCUCCAGAGGUGCUCAAUGGGCGGUACGGCUUCGAAGUGGACGUGUGGAGCCUGGGGGUCAUCCUCUACACGCUGCUGUCGCAGCGCCUGCCCUUCUGGCACAGCACGGAUAUCGGCGUGUACCGCGCGAUUCUCAAGGGCCAUGUGGAUACACACACGGGCGCGUGGCUGCAUGUGAGCAAGGAUGCCGUGCAUCUGGUGCGCCGCAUGUUGUGCCAAGACCCUGCGGAGAGAAUCACUCUCGACCAGCUACUAGAGCACCCCUGGAUUCUGAAGCACGACCGCGACACGUCCCCUCUACCGCAGCCCAUGCCAGACCUGCCCAACUGGAAGCUGAGCAAGCGGCGCCGUGCCAUUGCUCGCUCCACCGCCAUCGUUGUGCCGUCCUUCCGCCUGCCCUUCUGCAUCACCCCUCCUGACGGCGCCGUGUCCAGCGAGACAGAAGGGGACACGGAGACAGAGGGCGAGUCUGAGAGGGUUGCUGGUGGUUACAUUCUGGGUUACUCCGGUCCACCUGUGAGUGGUGGUGGUGGCAGCGGCAGUAAGGGUGGUGUUGCUGGAAGCAAGUCGAUUACUGGCGCAGCUGUUGCUGCUGGGGUGACACUUGGGCGAAGGGGCGGUGGAAGCGGACCCUUGCUCCCCACCACGUCGUCGUCGUCCUCCUCUCUGUCAUCCCGCAACGUCCCGCUCACGUCUCUCAUCACACCUCUCUCGCCCUCGCUUGCGUCCCCAUCGGCCGUGCUCAUCCCGCCGUCCCUCUCAGCGCUCUCUAGCAGCUCCAAUCGCCGCACCUUGCCUCGCUACCGCACUGCAACUGACAAGUACUAACUCCCUUCCACCCCCUCCCUCUGACCCCAUUCCCCACUCCACACCGCUACACCGGUAUCUGCUCCUGGCCUCCCACUCUUUUCCUCUGGCUGCACGAUUUUCCAUGUGCAUGUGCAUGUGCAUGGAUGCUGGUAUGCAUCCAUGGCAUGCUGGCAUGCCCUGCUUGCAUCCACCAAUGCGGGUUCACGGCUCAACAUCAGCUGCAGCUUGCAGCGCUUUCAACACUAGCUGUCUAGGUAGCACUGACACCGACCAUACAGCUCCAAACAGCGCGCCACUCUUACUGCUAUCUUCACCUGGAGUCUCCUUGGUGUACGGGCUAAGCUCACACAAAGAAGAGAUACCUGGAAUCUGUAUGAAAUGUUCCCCCGUGGAAUGCGCUUUGUCCAUGCCCAUCGUGUUGUACAAAGAACUGUUACCCUUACUAUACCACGUAUACUAGGCUAGGACUCUAGCAGUCUGUAAAGGCACAAUGGAAAACAAUUAAAGGGUGCUAAUCAGGGCCUCAGAUUGCAGGCUUUUUACCCUGAUUCAGGGUAAAAUCAGGGCUUUUUUGGGGGGUGACCCUGAUGAGACAGGAUUUUUCUAAGACAGGCCUGAAAUUUCAGAGUUUUUUUAAGAGUGAACUCUGAUCGAUCAGCGUGCCUAGUGUAGUGUGGCCUGUUUUUCCAGCGUCGUAUCGAAGCCCGACCCUGAUUCUUGUAAUAGCGGAUUCCCAGU